GGCGCCGUUUCCGCUUCCGCUCCCUCUCUGCUCCCGUCCCGUUACCGCCUCCUGGCCGGCCUCGCGCCUUUCACCGGCACCUUGUGUCGGCCGUGCAGCCGGGCUCGCUCCUGCCACGCGCGCGCCCCCGGGGCUCCGGCUCCGGCACGGGUCGCGCCCCGCUUGCCUGCCCCUGAGGUCGCCGGCCAGCCGCCGCCAUGGGUGCCUACCUCUCCCAGCCCAACACGGUGAAGUGCUCCGGGGACGGGGUCGGCGCCUCGCGGCUGCCGCUGCCCUACGGCUUCUCCGCCAUGCAAGGCUGGCGCGUCUCCAUGGAGGAUGCUCACAACUGUAUUCCUGAGUUGGACAGUGAGACAGCCAUGUUUUCUGUCUAUGAUGGACAUGGAGGGGAGGAAGUUGCCUUGUACUGUGCCAAAUAUCUUCCUGAUAUCAUCAAAGAUCAGAAGGCCUACAAAGAAGGCAAGCUACAAAAGGCAUUAGAAGAUGCCUUCUUGGCUAUUGAUGCCAAACUGACCACUGAGGAAGUCAUUAAGGAGCUGGCACAGAUUGCAGGGCGACCCACCGAGGAUGAGGAUGAAAAAGAAAAAGUAGCUGAUGAAGAUGAUGUGGACAAUGAGGAGGCUGCACUGCUGCAUGAAGAGGCCACCAUGACUAUUGAAGAGCUGCUGACACGCUACGGGCAGAACUGUCACAAGGGUGCUCCCCACAGCAAAUCUGGAGCUGGGACAGGCGAGGAACCAGGGUCCCAGGGUCUCAACGGGGAGGCAGGACCUGAGGACCCAUCUAGGGAAGCUUCUUCAGAGGAAAAUGGUCCCACAUCCAAGGCCCACACAGGCCUUUCCUCCAACUCAGAACGUGGGACUGAGGCAGGCCAAGGUGGUGAGCCUGGCACUCCCACUGGUGAGGCUGGGCCUUCCUGCUCUUCAGCCUCUGACAAGCUGCCUCGAGUUGCUAAGUCCAAGUUCUUUGAGGACAGUGAGGAUGAGUCAGAUGAGGCAGAGGAGGAAGAGGAAGACAGUGAGGAAUGCAGUGAGGAAGAGGAUGGCUACAGCAGCGAAGAGGCAGAGAAUGAGGAGGAUGAAGAUGACACUGAGGAGGCUGAAGAGGACGAGGAAGAAGAGGAGAUGAUGGUACCGGGCAUGGAAGGCAAGGAGGAGCCUGGCUCUGACAGCGGUACAACAGCGGUGGUGGCUCUGAUACGAGGGAAGCAGUUGAUUGUAGCCAAUGCAGGAGACUCUCGUUGUGUGGUGUCCGAGGCUGGCAAAGCUUUGGACAUGUCCUAUGACCACAAACCGGAGGAUGAAGUGGAGCUAGCACGCAUCAAGAAUGCUGGUGGCAAGGUCACCAUGGAUGGGCGAGUCAACGGGGGCCUCAACCUCUCCAGAGCCAUUGGAGACCACUUCUACAAGAGAAAUAAGAACUUGCCACCUGAGGAACAGAUGAUAUCAGCCCUUCCUGACAUCAAGGUGCUGACUCUCACUGACGACCACGAAUUCAUGGUCAUUGCCUGUGAUGGCAUAUGGAAUGUGAUGAGCAGCCAGGAAGUUAUAGACUUUAUUCAAUCAAAAAUCAGCCAGCGUGAUGAAAAUGGGGAGCUUCGGUUAUUGUCAUCCAUCGUGGAAGAGCUGCUGGAUCAGUGCCUGGCACCAGACACUUCUGGGGACGGUACAGGGUGUGACAACAUGACCUGCAUCAUCAUUUGCUUCAAGCCCCGAAACACAGCAGAGCUUCAGCCAGAGAGUGGCAAGCGGAAACUGGAGGAGGUGCUCUCUUCUGAGGGGGCUGAAGAAAAUGGCAACAGUGACAAUAAGAAGGCCAAGCGGGACUAAUGGUUGUCCAGACCCCUGCCCACCUAGACUGUUUUCUGAGCCCUCUGGACCUGAGACUGAGUUUUGUCUUUUUCCUUUAGCCUUAGCAGUGGUUAUGAGGUGUGCAGGGGGAGCUGGGUGGCUUUACUCAGCCCAUUCCAAAGAGGGCUCUCCCUCCACACGGCAGCCUGGGAGCCUCUGCUGUCUUCCCCAGCCUCCUCCUUGCUCCUUGGGGCUCAUCACCGGUUCUGUGCCUGUGCUCUGUUGUGUUGGAGGGAAGACUGGCGGUUCUGGUUUUUACUCUGUGAACUUUAUUUAAGGACAUUCUUUUUUAUUGGCGGCUCCAUGGCCCCCAGCCGCUUGCACCCGCUCUCUGUUGUACACUUUCAAUCAACACUUUUUCAGACUAAAGGCCAAAACCUAAUUGUGCCAGUGGUGUCCUUUUUUCAAUAAUGCUGUCCUGUCCGGCCCCCCGAGAAUUCUCUGGCCCCAGACUUCACCUCUUUGGUGGCGCCUACCA